GUCAUGUGACUUUUUAUUUUCCUUAUUGAAACAGAAGAUGGCACGUUACUUUCUGUUUACAUUUUUUCUCGUCGUUUUAUGUGACUUUAUCAAGCAGGGAGAUGCUGGCAAAUAUAGUAAACAUCCAUGUUUAAACAGAAAGUUUGGUGAAGGAAUCAAUAUCGUGAAAACUUACCCAAGGCCUCAUGAAACCUUAGAUCUGAAGACACUUCCAUCUAGCUGGGACUGGAGAAAUAUUAAUGGGACAAACUUUCUUAGUACAACAAGGAACCAGCACAUACCUCAAUACUGUGGAUCAUGUUGGGCCAUGGGAUCUACAAGUGCUCUGGCAGACAGGAUCAAUAUUAAACGUAAGGGGGCCUGGCCUUCAGCUUACUUGUCAGCACAAAAUGUGAUUGACUGUGGGGGUGCUGGAUCCUGUCAUGGUGGAGAUGAUAUUGGAGUCUGGCAGUAUGCAAAUAAACAUGGAAUUCCAGAUGAAACCUGCAACAAUUACCAAGCAAAAGAUCAAGACUGUGAUACCUUUAACCAGUGUGGAACCUGUACAACCUUUGGACAAUGUAAACAGUUAAAUACAUAUACAUUGUGGAAAGUUGGUGAUUAUGGUAGGGUUAAAGGAAGAGAUCAAAUGAUGGCUGAGAUCUACAAAAAUGGACCAAUCAGUUGUGGUAUAAUGGCUACAGAUAAAUUGGAACAGUAUGAAGGGGGAGUUUAUAUGGAGAAGAAUGCAGAACCAUCAGUAAACCAUAUUGUAUCUGUAGUUGGAUGGGGAGUUGACCCUAAAACAAGUACAGAAUACUGGGUUGUCAGAAAUUCAUGGGGAACACCUUGGGGAGAACAUGGAUUUCUGCGUAUUGUUACCAGUAAAUACAUGGAUGGCAAGGGAGACGAUUACAACUUGGCUAUAGAGAGUCAGUGUGGCUAUGGAGACCCAAUCAUUCCACCAGGAUAUUAAUGUGCUGUUGAUUGAUUAACAUCCCAAGAAAUUAUUUUUGCCCUGAUUUUAAGUUAGUCACCAUGAUUUGGCAUAUGAAAAUUUGUAUUGUACAAAAUACAUUUGCAAUAUCUUCCAGACAUAAAGCAUGAAGUUUGGAUCUAUCUUUAAGAUUUUUAAGACCAAACAGAAUUUGAAAGAUUUGCAUUUUCUGCGAUUUAUAAAUAGUAAAUAGUGGUUGUGAUACUGCUGAAAAGCAAAUUACAGUCUUUAAAAAUUCAAUCCAAAAUCAUAAAAUUAAAGCAUGUUUCAUUUAAAUUCUCUGAUUUCUUUGUUUGUUUUGGAGUUAUGGAACUUAAAGUUAAAGAAGAGGAGCAGAUAUAUUAUGCACUUAUGGUGCAGCUAUUUAUUGUUUUAUUUAUAUUGUUAAUUUUCAACUACCUAAAAUUCUUGGAAGUGAUCUUUAAAUUAAUGUGGCAUAAUCAACUAUUUAUUAGAAUUUUAUUUUUGUACUCUUUUUUAAAAAAGUCAUAAAAUGAUUUUGUUUUUGUACAUAUUUUUGGCUUUGAAUUGUAUCAACUGUAUUGAAAUGAUAUUUUGAUAUACUUUUGUGACUCAAACAUAUAAAUGCAAUUAUUUGUUGUAUGUUUUGUGAUGAUAUCUGUUUAAAUCUGAAUUUUCUAUGUCAUUUACAUAUUAAUAAAACUCAAUUUUCUAAAAAAAAAAUAAGAAAUUAC